GGCGGUGCGCGCUCGGCUUUGCGCCGCUAUAAAAGGCGCGGGCGCAUACGCGGCGUAGUGCUGGGCUGGGAGGUGGCGCCGAGCGGGUCUGUGUGUCCGGGCUGGGGCUGCGCUGGGCCUGGCGGCUCCCCUGUUCCGCAGGGGCCCCUCCUCCGCCACUUCCGCUGCCUUCGUUCCUGUACGUGCGACCGCGUCUCCAGCCCUACGAGGCACUCCUGUAAACCACAGGCUCCUGGUGACAACCAGCCUGAAACUCCUGCUGCGGGGAUUUCAGCGUGGUGCUGCUGCAGAGGCUGGAGCUGCAGGCACGUGGGUGUUUGGGGAGCUCCUCUGGGUGCCCCUGCCCUCAUUUCCACCCCAGGGCAGCUUCCCUGGGAACCACUCCUGGAUGUGGAAGCUGCAGGGAUGGAUCAGCUUCAUCAUUCACUGCAGGUCCCAUUAGACUGCAGAUUGAACAUUCUGCAUUCUACCUGUCCUUUCCCACCCAGCUAAUCCCAGAAGAUCCUUCUUUGUCAAACCCAGGGGCUGAUGCAUCCCUUUCCCUGCUCCGGUACUGGACUCCUGCAUUCCAGGAUCCUUUCCCCACUGAUGGGAAUGAGGGCUUCUCCUCCGUAUUAUCUCUCAGCCUUGCUUGCAGCAGGUGUGUAUCUCCAGUGGAGAGAGCCAGUAAUAGGAGAGGUGUCCUCCUGGCAAUUGGUGACUGAGCAGCGUGCUGCCCAUUAUGGCUGGUUGGUUUAGGCGGCUCCUGCACAAACCCAAGCCCAACUCAGUGGAGAGCCUCAAGUCCAGCCACUCUGCUUCAUCCUCACCUUCCUCCUCCUCCUCCUCUUCCAAGAGCUCCAGCUCUUCUCCUGGCACGAGCUCAGCCACCAGCUCCAUCUCGCCGUCACCUGUGCCAGCAGUGGACAUCAGCGCCUCGGACAGCCCCCGGUGGGACAAGAGCUACGACGUCUGCAUCUGCCACAGCGAGGAGGACGUGGAGCUGGUGGAGGAGCUGGUGUCCUACCUGGAGGGCCAGCCCGAGAGCUUCCGCUGCUUCCUGCAGCUGCGGGACGCGGCGGCGGGGAGCGCGGUGGUGACGGAGCUGUGUGACGCCGUGCAGAACAGCCACUGCUGGGUCAUGCUCAUAACCCCCGGCUUCCUGCGCGACCCCUGGUGCAGGUACCAGAUGCACCAGGCCCUGGCUGAGGCUCCCAUGGCCAAUGGACGCACCAUCCCGGUGCUGAAGGACGUGGAUCGCAAGGAUUAUCCCAGGGAGCUGUGGAACAUCUACUACAUCUACAUGGUGCUGAAGGAGAAAAGCUUCAGGCAGAUCAGAGACACUGUCAUGCGCUACCUCCAGGAACUGUGCCGGAGCUCCACAAAAGGGACGGAGUAGUGCUGGGAGAGGCAGAUGCAUCCUCAUGGGCAUCGUGGAGCUGCUGCUGUUGGUCUGGGUGUUGGCGUGUCCCAUUGCACCUUGAGGUCAAACCUGAGCUGCUCAGACCUGGGAGCCAAGGAUGGGGAGUUCCCGACAUCCAGGAGGGACAGCAGACCAGAGCCCACCACGUCCCAGUGGCCAAAGUCUCCGCAGGGACAGGGACAUCCAUCACACAAACACUAAGCUCUGACAUCGGGUGGUUCUCGGGGUCACAAGAGCUCUUUACUGCGCUGCCAUUUGCUGUCCUGAGGGCUCCGGAAUCCCUACUAAGCUGACAAGACCCCUGUUGGGCUGUGGGCAAGACAAGAUGAGGCAGGCAGUGACUUCGCACGGAAUCGUUGCGACUACGAAAAUGCAGAAGUUUUAAAUUUUG